AUGCUUUAUUCCUUCCUUCUUUCCUUCCUUUCUUCCUUCUUUCCUUUCUGCCGUCCUUCCUUCCUUCGUUCUUUCUUUUCUGGGGAAUAUUUCUUUUUAAGCUUGCAUUUUUCUUUUUUACGAAUAUAUAAAUGCUUUAUUCCUUCGUUCCUUUCUCUUACUUUCAUUCAUUCUUUCUUUCUUCCAUCCCCUAUUUUUCUUCUCUCUUUUCACUUUUUUAAAUACACUAAUGACGUCUUUCUUUUCACCUUCCAUCCUUUUACCUGUUCUUUAAAAACUGUGACCGGGGAGGGGAGUGAACUUUUUUGCUUUUUUUUUUUUUUUUUUAUCAUUCUUUUUCCUUUUUUUCUUCUUAUCUAUUCUCUUUGUUUCAUUCUUUCUUUCCUUCGCUUUUUUUGUUUUUUCUGUCUUUCAUUGUAUCCGCCAUUUUCUUUUCUUUCCUUCUCGAUUUUAAUUCUUUCUUUCCUUGUAUCCUUUUGCUUUUCUUUUCUUUCAUUCUAUCUGCCCUUACUCAUUUCCUUCGAUUCUUAUUUUUCUUUCAUGUAUCUAUUUUCUUUCCUUUUCUUUUAUUUUUCAUUCUUUUGUAUGCUCAACUUCUUCCCUUCUUUCUUUCCUUUUAUCUUUUUUGUUUUUCCUUUUUACAUUUUAUCUUCUAUUACUAUUUUUCCAUCUUUAUUUUUCUCUCCCUUAUCUGUUUUUUUUCUUUUUAUCUUUAUUUUUUCAUACUUUGAUCUUUCUUAUAUCCGUUCUAUUUCUUUCUUUCUUUCUUUCUUUCUUUCUUUCUUUUGUUUUCCUUUAAUUCAUUUUAUCUUCCAUUAUAAUUUCUCUUCCUUCUUUAUUAUUUUUUCAUUUAUCUAUUUCCCCGCCUUUCAUUGUAUCCGCCAUUUUUCUUUUCUUUCCUUUUUUUUAUAUUUUCCUUUGAUUUAUCUGAUUCUUUCAGUUAUUUUUCAUACUUCGAUCUUUCUUAAUUUUCUUUCGUUUUCAUUCUUCAUUCUUUCUCUUAUCUUUUUUAUUCCAUUUAUGUCUGUUUUUUCUUUACUUUUCUUUUCUUUCUUUCUUUCUUUCUUUCUUUCUUUCUUUCUUUCUUUCUUUCUUUCUUUCUUUCUUAUUCCACUAUUUCUAUUUUCAUUAUUAUUUCUUUCAUUCUUUCUUCCUUCCUUUCUUUCUUUCUUUCUUUCUUUCUUUCUUUCUUUCUUUCUUUCUUUCUUCCUUUCUUUCUUUUCCACUUUUUCUUUUUCAUUAUUAUUUCUUUCAUUUUCUUCCUUCUUUCUUUCUUUCUUUCUUUCUUUCUUUCUUUCUUUUUUCUUUCUUUCUUUCCACUAUUUCUAUUUUCAUUAUUAUUUCUUUCAUUCUUUCUUCCUUCCUUUCUUUCUUUCUUUCUUUUCUUUCUUUUCUUUCUUUCUUUCUUUCUUUCUUUCUUUUCUUUCUUUCUUUCUUAUUCCACUAUUUCUAUUUUCAUUAUUAUUUCUUUCAUUCUUUCUUCCUUCCUUUCUUUCUUUCUUUCUUUCUUUCUUUCUUUCUUUCUUUCUUUCUUUCUUUCUUUCUUUCUUAUUCCACUAUUUCUAUUUUCAUUAUUAUUUCUUUCAUUCUUUCUUCCUUCCUUUCUUUCUUUCUUUCUUUCUUUCUUUCUUUCUUUCUUUCUUUCUUUCUUAUUCCACUAUUUCUAUUUUCAUUAUUAUUUCUUUCAUUCUUUCUUCCUUCCUUUCUUUCUUUCUUUCUUUCUUUCUUUCUUUCUUUCUUUCUUUCUUUCUUUCUUUCUUUCUUUCUUAUUCCACUAUUUCUAUUUUCAUUAUUAUUUCUUUUCAUUCUUUCUUCCUUCCUUUCUUUCUUUCUUUCUUUCUUUCUUUCUUUCUUUCUUUCUUUCUUUCUUUCUUUCUUUCUUAUUCCACUAUUUCUAUUUUCAUUAUUAUUUCUUUCAUUCUUUCUUCCUUCCUUUCUUUCUUUCUUUCUUUCUUUCUUUCUUUCUUUCUUUCUUUCUUUCUUUCUUUCUUUCUUUCUUAUUCCACUAUUUCUAUUUUCAUUAUUAUUUCUUUCAUUCUUUCUUCCUUCCUUUCUUUCUUUCUUUCUUUCUUUCUUUCUUUCUUUCUUUCUUUCUUUCUUUCUUUCUUAUUCCACUAUUUCUAUUUUCAUUAUUAUUUCUUUCAUUCUUUCUUCCUUCCUUUCUUUCUUUCUUUCUUUCUUUCUUUCUUUCUUUCUUUUCUUUCUUUCUUUCUUUCUUUCUUUCUUAUUCCACUAUUUCUAUUUUCAUUAUUUUUCUUUCAUUCUUUCUUCCUUCCUUUCUUUCUUUCUUUCUUUCUUUCUUUCUUUCUUUCUUUCUUUCUUUCUUUCUUUCUUAUUCCACUAUUUCUAUUUUUUCAUUAUUAUUUCUUUCAUUCUUUCUUCCUUCCUUUCUUUCUUUCUUUCUUUCUUUCUUUCUUUCUUUCUUUCUUUUUCUUUCUUUCUUUCUUUCUUUCUUUCUUAUUCCACUAUUUCUAUUUUUCAUUAUUAUUUCUUUCAUUCUUUCUUCCUUCCUUUCUUUCUUUCUUUCUUUCUUUCUUUCUUUCUUUCUUUCUUUCUUUCUUUUCUUUCUUUCUUUCUUUCUUAUUCCACUAUUUCUAUUUUCAUUAUUAUUUCUUUCAUUCUUUCUUCCUUCCUUUCUUUCUUUCUUUCUUUCUUUCUUUCUUUCUUUCUUUCUUUCUUUCUUUCUUUCUUUCUUUCUUUCUUUCUUAUUCCACUAUUUCUAUUUUCAUUAUUAUUUCUUUCAUUCUUUCUUCCUUCCUUUCUUUCUUUCUUUCUUUCUUUCUUUUCUUUCUUUCUUUCUUUCUUUCUUUCUUAUUCCACUAUUUCUUUUUUCAUUAUUAUUUCUUUCAUUCUUUCUUCCUUCCUUUUCUUUCUUUCUUUCUUUCUUUCUUUCUUUCUUUCUUUCUUUCUUUCUUAUUCCUUUUCUAUUUUCAUUAUUAUUUCUUUCAUUCUUUCUUCCUUCCUUUCUUUUUUCUUUCUUUCUUUCUUUCUUUCUUUCUUUCUUUCUUUCUUUCUUUCUUUCUUUCUUAUUCCACUAUUUCUAUUUUCAUUAUUAUUUCUUUCAUUCUUUCUUCCUUCCUUUCUUUCUUUCUUUCUUUCUUUCUUUCUUUCUUUCUUUCUUUCUUUUGUUUAUUUCCCUUUCUUUCUUUUCGUUGCUCUUACUUUCUACAUUAA